UUGCGUUAAAGUUCAGUCAGUCAUUCAGUCAGUCAAGGCACAAUAGUCACAAUCUAACAGUUUCUAGAGUCCAGUCCAUCAUGGAUGUGCGGGCAGGAAUUUUUCUCUACUGGCUUCACAUUUUUUGCGCUGGCGUGUUUGCUGAUGUCUGGAAGGUAACUGUAGAGCCUGAAAUGAAGGCUCUGGUCUCAUCUUGUGUCGUGUUGCCCUGUUCAUUCAAAUACCCUGGUCAAGAACAGCCCUCUGAUCGUAUUAGAGCUAUAUGGCACAUGAAAGACAACAGGAAUGAUAUUAUCUUUCACAAAGACUCCCCGAGUGUUAAAGACAGUUUCAAGGGUCGUACAAAACUGAUUGGUUCACUGGGUGGUUUCAACUGCUCCUUGGAGAUUGAUGAGGUCAAAAACCACGACAACGGGCCGUAUUGUUUCAGGGUGGAAUUACAAACAUCUGAAAAAGACAAGUACUCCUUUGUGGGAAACUGUGUGUCGAUUAAAAUAAUCGAGCAAGCAUCAAAACCAGAGCUGCAGGCCGAGCAGUCUGUGCAGGAGGGUGAACCUGCAGUCUUCACAUGCUCUGUCUGGCACACCUGUCCGUCCCACCAGCCCACUCUCACCUGGAACCACACUGGAAAAGUCAUCAUGAGCUACAAGAACAUUGGUCAUGGAAACUGGGAAACACAGUCUGUACUGACCUUCACCCCUAAAAAAGAGGACGAUCACAGCGCUGUCGCAUGCACAGUCAAACACCAUGGGAAUGUCAAGGGAGAAAUGACAGCGACUCACCGUAUCUUUGUGAAAGAACAAGCAACUCUCAGUCACAUCCUCAUUCCAACCAUCUCUGGUCUUGGAGCUGCUCUUUUGGUUGGAGUACUGUGUUUCCUCAUUGUCAAGAGAUACAAGAAGCGCAUUGCAGAUCUCGAAUCCAGAAAUGAGAAUGGAAUGUGGGGUCGACUAUCAAGACUGUCUCGCAGGUUUCGUUCAGGUGACAGUAGCAGUGUUCCUGGUGGCAGAGAGCAGAGGAGGUCUAUUUGGAGUCGAUUUUCAAGGAGAGCUCAAGGGCAUCAAAUUGACAGGAAUUUUGACAACAAGGCAAACAACGUAUGUACAGUGUCAGGAAACAAGCCUUUCUCCAAAACUCGAAUGCCAUCACCAAAGAGUGAGGCCAAAUCAUAUUCUGAACCCAGUUACGAUGAUGAUUACACCAAUACAGCAGACCUCAACUUAUAUGGAAAUAUCUGAUGAAUAUGACACAUUUUAGAUGAACACAGUAGACUUGACAUCAGGGGAGGAACCUGUUGUAUAACUGAGUGUUGGAUUUUUUACUUAUUUUUAUGAUGCUUUCAUUGCAAAGUUAUAACAAUUUACAUAAUAGUUAUAUAUAGUGCUUACAUACUUUUUAAUAUGUGAGAAACAUUGGAACUUUUAGCUGAACUUAAGAUGAAAGUUAAAGGUAUCACCUAAUUUCCAGUUGGUCUUUUGAUAUAUCACAACCCAAUGAACUAUAAAAACAUCCUGUAAGUUUCAGAACUUAAAACUUUCUCAUUAGCUCAAAAACAGCUCUUAUUGAAACAUCAUAUAGUGCAAGGAAAGAUCUCCUCUGCAGAAGAUCAACAGCAGUUUCUAUAUUAUUGCCUCUUUACACCCAUGUAGUAAGAGAAGAGGAAAGUCUAGAGAGAUGAAGACACAGGAUUACUCCAACAAAACCAUAGAGAGAUGCCUUUGUGGAUUACACGAUGCUUUGUAGUGUUAGUUGUGAGAAAAAAAAGUUUUAUUUUAUGUUAUGUAUUUUAUAAACUUCUGUGUGAUUCUAACAGCAUAUUUAGCCAAUCAUACCAGCGAGCAAUUACUUGAAUGUCUUGAAUGUCUAUAAAAACAGACUGCUCUACAAUAGCCUAUUACUUCUAAAUAGUUUUUUUUUUCUUGCUAACAAAAUAAGUAGACCCUAUUGAAGCCUUUUUCCGCCAAUAAAUGAACAAAUAUAAAACAAGGUAAUUGCACCUUUUUUAUUUCAGAAUUGUGCGAUGAAAUUGUGAGUUAUAAAGUCAAAAUUGUGAGUAUAAACUCUUUAAAUCACGCAACUCUGACUUUAUAACUUGUAAUUGCUUUUUAUAAAGUCACGAUUACCUUGUUUUAUUUUUUUAUUCAGUGAAAGAAAUGGGCUUAUAGACCUAAAUGAACUUUUAAUUAAUAGUUUAUGAAACAUAUCGUAUUUUUAUUGUUGUUUUUUAAAAAUCAUUUGUGGGCCCUAUUAGAACAUUGCAUAUAUGUUUUGGUGUGUUUAUUUUAGUUAAUUUAUGGACUAAACAAUACUGAUAUAUAUAUAUUGGCUCACAAACAUCUUUACAUUUAAUUUGUACCAUGUAGUCUAAAGGUUUAAUAAAGCAUGAUGCAAUAU